CCAUGGCUCGGGCCCCGCAGCCCCGGCGCGGCCCUGCGACGCCCGGGAGCGCCCUGCGCGCCGUGCUGCGCUGCAACCUGCCCCCUGGUGCCCAGCGCGCGGUGGUCUCCCUGGUGCUGCUGCUGCUCGUCCUCAUCAAUGUCGUGCUCAUCUUCCUGCUGGCCUUCCGCUGAGCCAGCAGCCAGGGGGACCAAGCCGGCUGAUCAGCGAUGGCAGUGUGGUCUGUGCUGAAGCACUCUGGGACCAUGUCACCAUGGAUGACCAGGAACUGGGCUUCAAAGCUGGAGAUGUCAUCGAAGUGAUGGAUGCCACCAACAGAGAGUGGUGGUGGGGCCGUGUCGCUGACGUCGAGGGGUGGUUUCCAGCCAGCUUUGUGAGGCUGCGCGUGAACCAGGAUGAGCCGGUGGAGGACACCGAGGCCCCACGGGCCAGCACCGGGGCAGUGGAAGGUGGUGGGAUGGAGGUGCAGAGCAGCAGGGACCAGAUGCGGACCAACGUCAUCAACGAGAUCCUCAGCACAGAGCGGGACUACAUCAAGCACCUGCGUGACAUCUGCGAGGGUUACAUCAGGCAGUGCCGCAAGCGUGCAGACAUGUUCAGCGAGGAGCAGCUGCACACCAUCUUCGGCAACAUUGAGGACAUCUACCGCUGCCAGAAAGUGUUUGUGAAGGCCCUGGAGCAGAGGUUCAACAGCGAGCGCCCGCACCUCAGUGAGCUGGGUGCCUGCUUCCUGGAGCACCAAGCGGACUUCCAGAUCUACUCUGAAUACUGCAACAACCACCCCAACGCCUGCGUGGAGCUCUCUCGGCUCACCAAGCUUAGCAAGUAUGUGUACUUCUUCGAGGCCUGCCGGCUGCUGCAGAAGAUGAUUGACAUCUCUCUGGAUGGCUUCCUGCUGACGCCUGUGCAGAAGAUCUGCAAGUACCCCCUGCAGCUGGCCGAGCUGCUCAAGUACACGCCGCCCCAGCACAGGGACUUCAAGGAUGUUGAAGCUGCCUUGCAUGCCAUGAAGAAUGUGGCCCGGCUUAUCAAUGAGAGGAAACGGAGACUUGAAAACAUCGACAAGAUUGCUCAGUGGCAGAGCUCCAUCGAGGACUGGGAGGGGGAAGAUCUCUUGGUGAGGAGCUCGGAACUCAUCUACUCGGGGGAGCUGACUCGUGUUACACAGCCUCAAGCCAAGAGCCAGCAGAGAAUGUUUUUCCUCUUUGACCACCAGCUUAUCUACUGUAAGAAGGACCUGCUCCGCCGAGACAUGCUGUACUACAAGGGCAGGCUGGACAUGGAUGGCUCAGAGGUGGUGGACCUAGAGGACGGGAAGGACCGAGACCUCCACAUGAACAUCAAGAAUGCCUUCCGGUUACACUGCAGCACGUCAGGGGACAGCCACCUGCUGUGUGCCAGGAAGCCUGAGCAAAAGCAGCGCUGGCUCAAGGCCUUUGCCAGGGAAAGGGAGCAGGUGCGACUGGACCAGGAGACAGGUUUCUCCAUCACCGAGCUGCAGAGGAAACAGGCCAUGCUGAAUGCCAGCAAACAGCAGGCCGCAGGAAAGCCCAAAACCCCUCAAGAUGCUGCUGGACACCUCUUCACUCAUGAUGUGGGUGUGUUGUGGGAACAACAAAGCCGAGUCAGCGAAAAGGGACCUCCAUGUUUUGUGAUCAGCCCACUGGCAGCUGAAGUGGCUGCAGAAUCACUUGGUUUGUUUGGAUUUUGUUGUAUUGUUUUUCUAAAAAUGGAGAAGAACUGUAACACAGAAAGCCUUAUCCUAGUGAGUGUAAGAAGCCAUAAGGACAUAAUUCUGUGGCCCAGGAUCCAGAACUGACCCAUGCAGCCCCAGUCCUGAGGGACACGGGGGUAUGGCCCACACAUGGGCAUGGAGCCUGCGGGACUCGGCAGCAUGGAUGGUCGCUUGCACUAUACCUUCACCAGGCCAGAAACCAUAUUAAUUUCAUAAAGAAACCUGUGAAAACUAACCUAGCUGCUAGUCCUUGUUCUCUGUUGUAUGUGUGCGUUUCCUUCUGUGUACACACCUGCCUGUCUUUGCCUGCCACCUAGUGUCUCCCCUAGCCUUUCCUAAACAGGAAAUAAACCUAGAGGAAAGGAAUGGGGGAGAAGCAGGCCCAGGAGCUGGCCAGGUGUGGGGCACAGCCGAUGCUGUUCUUCUCUGCCCUAGCCCCUAAGCCUGAAGGCUGCCCCUCCUCGCUGCUCUCAGGGCUUUUUGCUACAGCUGCCAAAUGUAAGUUUUCUUCUUCUAGGACCUAGAGAAAUGGCUGCCUGAACAGGCAUGGUCUUUCCCAGGACAGCGCAGCCGCGAGGGACAGCAAAGCAGCCCAAGGCUCUUCCUUCUGUGUCCCACCUACACAAAUAGUCCCUGCCCCAUGUCUAGACCCCAAAGCCUCAUAGCACCUCUGACACAGCCAAAGUUCCUGGAGCUGAACACUGCACCAGCUUAUUUCCCCCAAAGCCCUGGCAAUUUCCUGAACUGUGCGAAGCUACAGUAUCUCCCAGUCAAACCAAAAAUCUCUGGACAAAACCCACAUGAGAAAAAAAUCAUGAAAACCAAAAUAUGCAACACAAGUCAAUCUUUAUUGAAAACUGCAGUAUUAAUACAUGACAAUCGUUACAAUAAACGUGCCUUUAAGAAUUUUAAAUCUGAGCUCAUCUACUCAUCAGAUUGCAUAAAAAAUUAAAAGUAUGAAUUGACAUCUAAUUAAACUGGCUCAGGAUGGUGGUCUACUCCUUUAUAUGCUGUGGAAGUUCAAUGCAGAGGCGAGGGGUGCCUUUAACACUGGAAGACAACACUGACUUAAGCUUAAAAAAGUACCAAGAGAACAGUGUAAAAAACAGUAUU